AGAUUCACAGAACAGAAGCGUCUGAAGAGACACAUGAGAGUCCACACAAGAGAGAAACCACAUGGCUGUGAUGACUGUGGGAAAAGAUUUAAGCGUCAGUCAAAUUUAAAGAUACAUAUGAGGAUCCACACAGGGGAGAAACCAUUUGGCUGUGAUGAUUGUGGGAAAAGGUUUAAUCGGCAUUCAAAUUUAAAGAUACAUAUGAGGAUCCACACAGGAGAGAAACCAUUUGGCUGUGAUGCUUGUGGGAAAAGAUUUAAGCGUCAGUCACAUUUAAAGUUACAUAUGAAAGUCCACACAGGAGAGAGACCAUUUAGCUGUGAUGACUGUGGGAAAAGAUUCACAGACCAGAAACGUCUGAAGACACACUUGAGAAUCCACACAGGAGAGAAACCACAUGGCUGUGAUGACUGUGGGAAAAUAUUCAUCGAACCAAGAAUGUUGAGGAGACACAUGAUAGUCCACACAGGAGAGAAACCAUUUGGCUGUGAUGACUGUGGGAAAAGGUUUACACAACAGGGAAGUCUGAAGAGACACAUGAGAGUCCACACAGGAGAGAAACCAUUUGGCUGUGAUGACUGUGGGAAAAGGUUUACUCAGCAGUCAAAUUUUAAGGUACAUAUGAGGAUCCACACAGGGGAGAAACUAUUUGGCUGUGAUCUUUGUGGGAACAGAUUUACAGAACUGGGAAGUUUGAAGGAACACAUGAAAAUCCACACUGAGAAAAAACAUUGGACAAUGAGUGUUAUGAGUUAUGAUGUGUGCAAAAUGUUUGUAGCGUGUGUUAAACGCCAUACAUAUGUUCAUAUAUCCAAAAUGUACAGUUAAUAAUACGUCCAGGUUAUUUAUGUUGUAAUUUUGUUUAUCUCUGUGUCGUUGCAGUUGUUUACCUGGCGGACGGCACGAUAUUGUUAGUGUUAGCAUUAGCAUGUGUAACAGUGAAUGCUUCUGCAAAUAAACCGUGAAGAAACAGU